GUCGUCUCACUCUCACCAGGCAGCAGAUCGAGCCCUGCCCUGCGCAGCGAGGGAAAGAGACACACACAGCACAGCGUCACCAGGCAACUAGUAAAAGGCAAAAGCACGGCACAUUAAAAGAGAGGCCGGACCGGACCGGAGCCAAGCAGCAGCAGCAGCCGCAGCCGCAGCCGCAGCAGAGGAGAGAGAGAGAGCGGCAUAUAUGGCGAUGCCCUUUGCCUCCCUGUCGCCGGCAGCCGACCACCACCGCUCCUCCCCCAUCUUCCCCUUCUGCCGCUCCUCCCCUCUCUACUCGGCAGGGGAGGGGGAGGAGGCGGCGCAGCAGCAGCAGCAGCACGCGAUGAGCGGCGCGAGGUGGGCGGCGAUGAGGCCGGCGACCUUCACGGCGGCGCAGUACCAGGAGCUGGAGCAGCAGGCGCUCAUCUACAAGUACCUCGUCGCCGGCGUGCCCGUCCCGCCGGAUCUCCUCCUCCCCAUCCGCCGCGGCUUCGACUCCCUCGCCUCGCGCUUCUACCACCACCACGCCCUUGGGUACGGGUCCUACUUCGGGAAGAAGCUGGAUCCGGAGCCGGGGCGGUGCCGGCGGACGGACGGCAAGAAGUGGCGGUGCUCCAAGGAGGCCGCCCAGGACUCCAAGUACUGCGAGCGCCACAUGCACCGCGGCCGCAACCGUUCAAGAAAGCCUGUGGAAACGCAGCUCGUCGCCACGCCCCACUCCCACUCCCACUCCCAGCAGCUGCAGCAGCACGCCCCCGCCGCCACCGCCGCCGCGUUCCACAGCCACUCGCCGUACCCGGCGAUCGCCUCUGGCGGCGGCGGCGGCGCGGCCGGCUCCUUCGGCCUGGGGUCUGCUCAGCUGCACAUGGACAAUGCUGCUGCGCCUUACGCGACCGCUGGUGCGGCCGGAAACAAGGAUUUCAGGUAUUCUGCCUAUGGGUUUAGGACUUCGGCGCUGGAGGAGCACAACCAGUUCAUCAGCGCGGCCAUGGACACCGCCAUGGACAACUACUCAUGGCGCCUGAUGCCGUCUCAGCCCUCAUCCUUCUCACUCGCCAGCUACCCCAUGCUGGGCACCCUGGGCGACCUGGACCAGAGCGCGAUCUGCUCGCUGGCCAAGACGGAGAGGGAGCCGCUGUCCUUCGGCGGCGGCGGCGGCUUCGAGGACGACGAGUCGGCGGUGAAGCAGGAGAACCAGACGCUGCGGCCCUUCUUCGACGAGUGGCCCAAGGACAGGGACUCGUGGCCGGAGCUGCAGGACCAUGACUCCAACCACAACAGCAACGCCUUCUCGGCCACCAAGCUGUCCAUCUCCAUCCCGGUGACCAGCUCCGACUUCUCCACCACCGCCGGCUCCCGCUCGCCCCACGGUAUAUACUCCCGGUGAAGGUGAAGGGGGUCGGCCGGUCUGAUCUCUGCUGAUUUGCCGAAGUCACGACGGGCGUCCUCAAAUCAUCACAGAUGAGUGAACCGACCGAAUGCGUGCUUGCUCAUUUUGUAUGGAAUGCUGCCUUAACUAUCACCGCCGUGCAGCACGAACAAGGCCCUACUUGUUUAAUUUUCUUCCCGUGAUUUCACAGCGCUUUGCUUAAUUUUCUUUCUUGGUUUUGCCGUGUGUCGGCCGGAACUGUACGAAGUUUUCUGUAGCCUCGAUGGUCUAACUGUUUCCCGCGCAAUUACUGUCGAAAUAAUCUUCCCUUUUUUGGCCAUCAUA